AUGACCUAUGUCCGCCGCAGGCCUGGACUGAUGGUAGAUCAGAGGAGGCCCGCGGCAACUCGUGACAUUCUUUGGCUCACGGUCAACGACAUCACUUUGGUCAACGUUUACCGCCAACCGUCAUACGACGAGGCCCUCGACAUACUACUCCAAUGGCCCGCGCCAAACAGAUGUCUGGUAGCAGGCGAUUUCAACGCCAAACACCACAGCUGGCAAGCCGGCCGCAUCGAGGGCCGCGGCGAGGCUGUAGCUGCAUGGGCGACAGCCAACGGUCUGAACCUGCUCAACCCGGCUGACGUCCCGACAAAUCCUCAUGGCAAUACGAUCGACCUUGCCUUCUCUAAUAUCGCCUUGGCCAAUGCCGUGGUGGAAGACCAUCUUGCCACCAGCUCCGACCACUUCACGCUCAGCACUACCCUGCCUGAGCUCGCUGUAGCGCCCCCACCCACUGGGAAGGUUCGCCUUACCUCUGACGAGGAAAUAAGACGCUUCGUAGAGAUGGUUGAAAACGGCGUGGCGGCUAUCGAGCCGUCAACCGCUUCCCUCAAGACUUGGAUUCACUUGCCUUAG